AUGCCUUCUUCGUUUAUCUCCUCCACUGCUUUCUUCACCAUCCUUCUUCUCCAUCUGGGUUUCUGCCACGUGUCCCAUGGUGCUCAACAUGCAACUUACAUCGUUCACAUGGCGCAAUCCCAGAUGCCGUCGAGCUUCGACCUCCACUCUCUCUGGUACGACUCUUCUCUCAGAUCAGUCUCGCAAUCUGCUCAACUCCUCUACACUUACACCAACGCCAUCCACGGCUUCUCCACCCGGCUAACUCCCCAAGAAGCCGACUCGCUCCUGACUCAACCAGGUGUCAUCUCGGUCCAACCAGAGCACCGGUACGAGUUACACACCACUCGCACUCCACUGUUCCUCGGUCUCGACAUCCACAACGCCGACCUCUUCCCGGAUACCGGCUCAUCAAGCGACGUGGUCGUCGGAGUUCUCGACACGGGAGUUUGGCCAGAGAGCAAAAGCUUCUCCGACGAAGGCUUCGGUCCUAUCCCUUCCACGUGGAAAGGCCAAUGCGAGGCUGGAACUAACUUCACAGCCUCGCUAUGUAACCGUAAACUAAUCGGAGCUAGAUUCUUCGCUCGUGGAUACGAAGCAACGAUGGGACCAGUGGACGAGUCCAAAGAAUCAAGAUCUCCCAGAGACGACGACGGUCACGGGACCCACACGUCAUCAACCGCAGCUGGAUCAGUCGUGGAAGGAGCUAGUCUGUUAGGAUUCGCAAGUGGGACGGCACGUGGUAUGGCUCAACGUGCCCGCGUGGCUGUUUACAAAGUUUGUUGGGAAGGUGGUUGUUUCAGUUCGGAUAUCUUAGCUGCGAUCGAUAAAGCUAUAGACGACAACGUCAACGUUUUGUCGAUGUCUCUUGGGGGAGGGACGUCGGAUUAUUAUAGAGACACCGUCUCCAUUGGAGCAUUCGCGGCGAUGGAGAGAGGGAUAUUAGUCUCCUGCUCGGCCGGUAAUUCUGGUCCAAGCUCUUUCACUUUAUCGAACGUAGCUCCGUGGAUCACUACAGUUGGUGCUGGUACGCUAGAUCGUGAUUUCCCGGCGGUUGCGAUACUGGGCAACGGGAAUAACUAUACAGGAGUUUCUUUGUUCAAAGGAGAAGAUGCACUUCCCGCUAAAAUGAUGCCGUUUGUUUACGCGGGGAAUGCUAGUAACGCGACUAACGGGAAUCUAUGCAUGCCUGGAACGUUGACUCGGGAGAAAGUGAAGGGGAAGAUAGUGAUGUGCGACAGAGGAGUGAACGCUAGAGUUGAGAAAGGAGAGGUGGUGAAAGCUGCGGGUGGAGUAGGUAUGAUUCUGGCUAACACAGGAGAGAACGGGGAGGAGCUUGUUGCUGAUGCUCAUUUGUUACCAGCCACAGCGGUGGGAGAGAAAGCGGGCGAUAUCAUCCGGCAUUACGUCGUAACCGAUCCGAAUCCAACGGCUUCGGUUCUGAUUAGAGGAACCGUCGUUAACGUGCAGCCAUCUCCCGUUGUUGCGGCGUUUAGCUCGCGAGGACCUAAUUCCAUCACGCCGAAUAUUCUCAAGCCGGAUUUAAUCGCCCCUGGAGUUAAUAUCCUCGCGGGUUGGACCGGAUCUAAAGGACCUACCGGUUUAGCCUCCGACUCUCGGCGCGUGGAGUUUAACAUCAUAUCCGGGACGUCAAUGUCGUGCCCUCACGUGAGCGGUUUAGCUGCUCUUCUCAAGUCCGCGCACCCGGAGUGGAGCCCCGCGGCGAUCAGAUCCGCUCUCAUGACCACCGCUUACAAAACCUACGAAGAUGGAAAACCUAUCCUUGACGUCACGACGGGAAAGCCUUCGACGCCGUUUGAGCAUGGCGCAGGACACGUGUCGCCGACCGCAGCCAUGAAUCCAGGGCUCAUCUACGACUUAACGACCAUGGAUUACUUGGGUUUUCUCUGCGCCUUGAAUUACACACCGUCGCAGAUCACGAGUGUCUCCAGACGUAAUUACACUUGCGAUCCGAGUAAGACCUACUCCCUAGCUCAUCUGAACUAUCCCUCCUUCGCUCUUAACGUUGACGGUUCAGGCGUGUACAAGUACACACGCACUGUCACGAGCGUUGGAGGAGCUGGGUCUUAUUCGGUUAAAGUGAAUUCGGAGACAGCUGCAGUCAAGGUUUCGGUUGAACCGGCGGUUUUGAGUUUCAAAGAAAUUAAUGAGAAGAAAGCCUACACAGUGACGUUUACACUAAACUCCUCUAAACCCUCUGGGUCUAACAGCUUCGGGAGUAUCGAAUGGUCAGAUGGGAAACAUGUGGUGGCUACUCCCGUGGCCAUUAGCUGGACAUAGUUGUAAAUUUAUGCAAAAUUAGAGAGAGAGCUUAAUGGAAAGAAUAAAGUCG